UUAGGGCUCGCUAAGCGAGGCGGUGAGUGGGGACCGGGUGCCACACGAAAAAUAGCAACUUCAGUUUCUGCCGUGAAGGGAGAUUUGACCAGCAACCCUCCGACGACCACCACCCGGCUCGACCCCAACCGUCACCAUGGUGCGUACCCCUCGAUUUCUGUCGCGCACAACAACCAGAUCCAGAAGAACCACUUCCGCAAGGAUUGGCAGAAGCGCGUCCGCGUGCACUUCGACCAGCCCGGUCGUAAGCACCGCAGACGUGAGAACCGUAUCGCCAAGGCCGCUGCCGUCGCUCCCCGUCCCGUCGACAAGCUGCGUCCUGUUGUGCGCUGCCCCACCAACAAGUACAACCGCCGUGUUCGUGCUGGUCGUGGUUUCACCCUGGCUGAGCUCAAGGUAAAUUCGACUGAAAUCUUUGUGAGGCCGGCAUCCCAAGAAGCUCGCUCCCACCGUUGGUAUCUCCGUCGACCACCGCCGUACCAACUACUCCAAGGAGUCCCUGGUUGCCAACGUUGCCCGUCUUCAGGACUACAAGGCCCGCCUGAUCCUCUUCCCCGCAAGAGCGGUCAGUUCAAGAAGCUCGACUCCUCCGCUGAGGACGUCAAGGCCGUCAAGGCUUCCCUCGCCGAGGGCAAGACUGAGGGCUUCGCCACCCGUGUCGAGGCCACUUUCCCCAUCGACAACCUCUCCGCCGGCAACGCCGUCACUGAGGUCAAGCGUGACUCCAUGCCCAAGGUCGAGGGUUCCGUCUACCGCCAGCUGCGUGACGCCCGCGCCGACGCCCGCAACCGUGGCCAGCGCGAGAAGCGUGCCAAGGCCAAGGCCGACGAGGAGUCCGCUGCCAAGAAAUAA